AUGACGAAUCACGCCGGGCCGGACAUAGAGAAACUGCUCAUCAUCACGCUGUUUGUGGCGUACGCCGCCGCGGACGUGUCCCACAUCCUGCCCAAGAGCGGGGAAGCCAACGCCAAGAUCCUGAAGCAGGACCAGGACAUCGGACUGGAGGGGAGGUACCAGUGGGCCAUCGAGACUGAGAACGGCAUCUCGGCACAAGAGAGCGGCGCCCUGAACAACCCUCAGUCUGAGAACGCAGCCCAAAUCGCUCAGGGCGAGGCGAGAUGGACCGCGCCCAACGGUGAGGUAGUGCAACUGCAAUACGUCGCCGACGAGAACGGAUUCCAGGCGCAGGGCUCUCAUCUGCCAACCCCACCACCGAUACCGGAGGCCAUCCUCAAGUCUUUGGAGUACAUCAGAGCCCACCCUCCACCACCAGAGAAC